UUAGAGACUGGCGAGUAUAGAUGACGUACGUCGUUGAAAUGAAUCAGCUGAUAAAUGGAAUCUGAAUGAAGUUAGAACAAGCGCACUGCGUCUCACACUGCGCAAAGAUUUUAUAUCAACGUCGCCAUAUUGGUAACUGUCUAAAUCGAAAAUUCAAAGCAAGAGUUAUUUGAAGAGAAGCGGAACCGCAUCAGAGAUGUCUGUUUUGAAUCAAAGUGGUGAAGAACAAGUGGAAUGUCCUCUCUGUAUGGAACCGCUUGAAGUGGAUGAUCUAAAUUUCUUCCCCUGCACAUGUGGAUAUCAGAUCUGUCGCUUCUGCUGGCACCGUAUCAGGCUGGACGAGAACGGCGGUCUGUGUCCCGCGUGUCGCAAGGCCUAUUCCGAAAAUCCGGCCGAUUUUAUUCCUUUGUCUCAGGAGGAGGUGGCGAAGCUAAAAGCGGAAAAAAGGCAGCGAGAUCAGCAGCGCAAAGCGAAGUUGACUGAGAGCCGUAAGCAUUUGGCAAGCGUCAGGGUGGUCCAGAGGAAUCUGGUAUUUGUUGUUGGUUUGCCGCCCAGGCUUGCUGAGGCGGAAAUUUUAAAACGGCACGAAUAUUUCGGCAAAUUUGGGAAAAUCCAUAAGGUAGUGAUAAAUCAGUCAACUUCAUACGCGGGUUCGCAGGGUCCCAGUGCAAGUGCCUAUGUAACUUAUAUGAAGAGUGACGAUGCCUUGCGAGCUAUACAGGCUGUCAACAACGUAACGAUAGACAAUAGGGUGAUUAAGUCCAGUUUAGGUACGACAAAGUAUUGUUCUCAUUUCAUGAAAAAUCAGCCGUGCCCGAAGCCCGACUGCAUGUACCUGCACGAAUAUGGAGACCCCGAGGCGAGUUUUACUAAAGAGCAGAUGCACUCCGGCAAGCACCAGGAGUACGAGAAGAAACUGCAUGACGAGCUGCAGCUGCGGUCGAAACACGCGGGCAGCGGUGGGGCAGCAGCUACGACGGGAGGUGGGAACGCGACCGCCGCCCCCGCGGAAACGAAGAACGGCCACCAAGUGAACGGAGCUGCAACGCACAAGGGACAGAAGGAUGGGGCGGCGACGAGUAACGGCGGCAACGGCUCGUCGAAUAAAGACCCGUCGUGUCCGCACCAGGAAAAGGAAAAGGGCAGAAAGGGGAAAACGAAAGAGGGCCGGAAAGAGAAGAGGGACGCGAACGCGGGCAAAAACGGGGAGAACAAACCUCAAACUGGGCCCCCCGGUAACCAAAGCGUAAAAAUAGAAGUAAAAGACGUCGCCGAGCCAGACACGUCGUCGGGUCCGUCCUCGGAAGCGACGCCGUCGUCGUCGCCACCUCGUCACCAGAGCCCUCCCUUCACGGUGUCAGCAGUAGGGGCCGCGGCGGCGGUCGAGGCGAUAGCGACACUGUCGGCGCCCUCUGACGACAACACGUCGUUCUUUUCCAGCAGCGACGCGUUCCACAAACUUCACGCGUCUUUGAUGGCCACGAGCGACGCUAUUAGUGAUAAGGCGGAACGCGGGGCGGAGGAGGAGAGGCAUAGCGAACGAGGCAGUAAAGGCGGUACACAGAUGCUCACAGACAGUUUGCCCGCCAUCCGCACUACGGAAGACUGGGCGGCGGCGUUCGGUUUCGUGGGCCACCAAAACAGGGACCACGACCACUCCCAGCAGCAGCAGCAUAAGUUACAACAACGGGACGUUAGCAAAUUGUCAGCGUUUGGCGGUUUCGGCCCGUUGGGCGGACAGGACAGCGAGUUCGGCAAGGGCAUCGACAGUUACGGCGGCUUCUACGAGAUAUCGAAGAUGCAGGAGAACCUGAUGGACGCGUUAGCGAACAAAACUAGCGCCGGCGACGGUCUCGGCGUAGGCAAAUUGAACGGGUUCAGCGCGAGGGCGACGGAACCCGCGCAGCCGCACCACGCGACGCACACCGCCUCGAACGGCCUCGACCACAGCAUGCUGAAGUUUAUGAGCGACUUUCACAAGACUAACGCGAACAAGGAGCAGCCGCCAUUCCAAAACGGUUUCAACGGCAUUGGCUCCUACCACCAGGGACUCCUACUCCAGCAGAAGCACAUUGAAGAGCAACUGAUGAAUCUCGGUCUGAAGCAGAACUACGGCGAUUCUCACACGGGGGCAUACCAAAACGGGCUGGGCGCUUACCUCAACAGGGAGUCGUCAAUGCUGAACGGAGGACUGGGCGGCAUACACAGUCUGUUCGCGAAGAAAACGCAUCAAACCGCGCCUGCGCCUCAACAACACCAUCACCACCACCACCAGCUUAACUCGCGAAACUCCGAAGCGGAGCUGGACUUCGACCCGUUCCAGGAGACGCAGAAAGCAUUAGCCGAAAUGAUGGCCAGCGAGCAGAACCACAAAUCGCAUAAUAGUUCAGGUCACAGCAAUCAAAUAAACGGGAUAGUAUACAAUCAAAACGGAAGCCACAUGCCGCCGCCGCCGCCCGGUUUCGUCCACCAGCAACAGUCCUCCUCCCACAUGAACUCGUUCGGUAGCAAAAUAUUACCCUAUCUGAAUAUGUCAAGUAGUCAACAACAAAUAGGCAACUCGACUAGUUGGCCUACCAGUUUUAGCGGCACGCCACUGCAGCAACAAAAAAGUUUGGCCAACAACACGUGCAACGAUUGGAAAGUAUUAGACCCGGCGAUCCUGUCUGCGUCCAGUCGCAAUUACCAGAUGGCGCCACCGCUCAGAGAUCAGUCGGGUCCACAGCAGCAGCAGCAGCAAAGGUCGUACGACUCAACGUCGGCGUUUUCGGCAUACGCGCAGCUGCAACCGUCGAAUUUCAAUUCGUUCGCGCAUCCUACGCUCUGGUACGGCAACGAUUUGAACGCGCAAAUAUCGAGCCCGCCCGGUUUCCGAAACAGUCAGACUUCCAAGCAGCAAGAGUGUUGAACGAGAGAGAGCCAAAGCGAGAGAUGAGAGAGGGACGCGUGUUAUUAUGGAUCAAUUUUCGAAUUAAACGAGUAUACCGGUCGUUUUGGCAGGACUACAAACGCAAAAGUAAAGUCAGUUCUCCUCCCGCUCCUCCGCCAUUUUUUGUUUAUUUUUAAAUUCGCCAUCCGAACGACCAUUGAUCCAUAAAGGCGUAGAAAAUGUUAUUGGUAUAGCGUUAUUUCCGUUCGUUUUGCGCGUGCGCCGUCGCGGGGGGCGGAGGCGCUCGUUGGUAACACGCGGAAACUAAAAUACUACUCUUCAUUUCAGUAUAUCGGAAAAAAAAUAAAAAACAGCUAAAUAUAAUGUCAUACAGUA